GAUUCCAGACGCUACCCGCCCAUCUGUCUCUCUCUUCCCUCUGGCUCGCUCGGUCUCUCUCCCCUCUUGCUCAUCUCGCCCUCUCUCUCACUCCGUCUCGCUCACGCUUAGAGCCGAGUGCUUCUCCUGCUUAUUUUCACACAGCACAAGCUCACAAUCUCCCCUCUCCACACCCAGACGACGUCGUUUGCUUCGGUUUCCUCUUAAGAACAACUUGGAGUUGAGAGUCCUUUCUCGUUCACACAGUUGGCUCUGCGUGCGACUGUGUCUGAGCGAUGAGCAGUCGAGCAGUGGAAGACGACGCACUGGCCAAAACCGCAAGAGCUGUCGAAGCUCUUUACCUCCUCCGAGACACCUACUUUUCGGCCGACCCGGAUGACAAAAUCUCCAGAUUAAACAUCGAUUCCGAUCUUGCCCUCAACCUCCUCGAUUCCAUUCCUCUUGGUACCGACAAUGAGGCAGAACUUGUUGAUGAAAGCAUUCAACAUGCCAAGGAAGCCAUAACUCUUGAUGUCAAGGAUGGCAAUUCAUUGUGCAUACCAAAAUGCUGCAAGUGCUUAAAGAAAAGGAUGAAAGAAUGCAGUCCAAUCCAGACCUAUAUUUUAACUGUGCCACUUAAAGAGGAGGAUGUAUGAAGUGACAUAAGUUGGUGUUGAUGGUGGCCCUGCUGCAAAGGAUUUGGCUCCCAAGUUUAAUGUGUUCAAGAAAAAUUUAUCUGUUAAGCUAGGGGUUACAAUACUGGAGAUAGACGUAAGUCUUUUUAUUUCUUUCUCUGCAGUUUCUCCCUUGGAUUCUAUGGUCAGUUGCGUAUUUGUAGUUUGACUUUUGAUAUCGGAAUUCAGAUUUCAAUUAGCUUGCUCAGUUAGUGGGUCGUUUCCCAAAAGUGAAAAUGGACAUCAUGGAGUUAAACCCCAAUUCUUUUGAAUUGGAUUGUAAAUCCGGUUUUCGGCCUGGGAAGCCCAGGAAGGCGAGAUUGCAACCC